UUGUGCUUGGAUAAAAUCUUAGAAGGCUCAAAAGAUCCCAACCCUUAUAGCUGCAUUUGAAUCUGUGCGGACCGCUACCAGAGUGCAGGCUGGAUGCUGCUUUUUCAGAGAUAUGGCUGAAAGAAAAGAUGCUGUAGAAUGUUGGACCGGGGAGAUGUCGGCCCUCCUCGCCAAGUCCCCGGCCCAUGUCGCCAAAGUCUGCUACGAAUACGAGAAUGUGGCCAUGUUAUAUUACAUCACAAAGAAAGGCAUCGAUCAGACGAAACGAUUCAAACUUCGUCCGGAUGAUGUGUACGUCAUCAGUUACCUUAAAGCAGGAACUACCUGGCUCCAGCAGAUUGCGAUGUUGGUACAGCUUGAAGGGGAUCUCUCAUUCUUCGAAGGAAAGCACAUCAUUACGAUGGUUCCAUACUUGGAGAUAUGCACUUUAGAGGACAAGAUGGGGUACAAGGACAAGGAAGAGAUAAUUAGCGCACCGACUGGUGCUGAACAGGCUGACUAUAUGCCACCCGAUACACCUCGGAUAUUGAAAACACACGUGGUCCCAAGAUGGCUCCCUGACGGACUCAAAGAUGAUCCUCAAGCAAAGGUGCUGUACAUUGCUAGAAACCCGAAGGAUACAGCCAUUUCUUACUAUCACUUCUGCCAUCUAGUCAAGGCCCUUCCAAAGUAUACUUGGGAUGAAUUCUUCGAAGAGUUCAUUUCAGAUAGAGUUAUUUACGGUUCUUGGUUUGAGCACAUUCUCUAUUGGUGGAACCUACGGAAUCAUCACAACGUUCUCUUUCUCAAGUAUGAAGACAUGAAACAAGAUCCCAGGAAAGCCGUGAUUCAGAUCGCCGAGUUCAUGGGGAAAUCUUUACCAGACGACAUCAUUGACCGUAUCGUCGAAGCAUCAAGUUUCAGUUUCAUGAAGAGUAACACGAGUGCGAACCCAGACGAAGUUCUUAAGAAAAGCUUGGACCUCACCAAGGAGAAAACAUUUAUGCGAAAAGGUAUGGUUGGAGAUUGGAAGAAUUACUUCACAGAAGAUCAAAAUCGCCGCUUUGAUCAACUCUACCAAGAAAAGUUGGCCGGGUCUGGACUUGAGUUUACUUUUGCAUGACCAUCGUCAAUAUCUUGCAUUUCACAAUGAUUACAUGAGGUUACACAAGGUUAAACAUCGCAAAUCUAAACGCAACAUCGGAUGAUAUCAAGUUCGUUGUUUAUGUUUUCGUUGAAUUUCUAAACACGAGCUGGAGUGCUGAUUCAAACCCCUACACCGGAGUCGGGUGUAUUAAUCUUUCUAUCAUGUUUCUUCAUUGUCACGUGAAAAAAAACUUUUCUUCCUCCCUGAUCAUUAGGAAUUACCAUCAUUUUAAGAUUUCAUGGUUAAGUGAAGUUGGUCCUUAUUGUUAAAUCUGUACAAAAUGAAGUAUUGUAAUAUUCACACAAUAUAAAACAUGUGAGCGAGGGACAUCGACUCUUCAUUUGCAUAUCGCUUAGUUGUGUAUAUUCCUGUUUUGUGAAAGUUAAGCGAAACUUAAAAAUGUCAUAACUUUCUUAUUUCACAUCCGAUUUUGAUGACAUUUUUAGCGUUUAAUGCUUGUGUAUUUCUCUAUCGAUUCAAACCAACAUUUUCUGGGGUGGACUUAACCUUUCGGAUAUAUCAUUAUAUUCAUGCUAUUAUUGGAUUUGUUGUUGGUUG